GCUACACUGUUCUCCCCUUGAAAACGUCGUACCUAGGUCAUUCUACAUUGUUACUUGCUAGUGCUUGAUUUGCAAACAUGGUCAAUUCAACACAGACCUCUGGCCCAUUGCAGGCAUUGAGCGGUUAUGUGGCAUCCUAUGGCUGGGGGCCUCUCUUGUCUGUUUCGCGAAGCACUGUUCUUUCGCUACUGUCGCGUAUCCAGGUUGGGCAUCUAGGAGUAACAGACGUGGACGGGAAAGUCUCUGUCUAUGGACAAAAACAAGUGGUCAAUGGCAAAACAGAGAAGAGCGUAUAUUCUCUGCCAAACAUAGAGUUGACUGUGCACAAAGAUGUGUUCUGGGUGCGCAUGUUGCUCUUUGCAGAUAUGGGAUUUGCAGAGAGCUAUAUGCUUGGGGAGGUUUCCUGUUCUGACUUGACAGAGUUCUUCCGGUUGUUCAUUCUCAAUCGAAACUACCUCUCGAACGGAUCCACGCUCACGUCGAACCUCUCUGCCAAACUCACGUACCUCCUUCGCAAAACGAACACGCUUACUACCGCUCGCCUCAACAUUGCCGCGCACUACGAUAUCUCCAAUGACAUGUUCGCCGCUUUCUUGUCUCCAGACAUGACCUAUUCUUGUCCUAUCUGGUUACCCAAGUCCGACCCUGGCUCCUCGGAAGAAACACUCGAGCAAGCACAGAUGCGCAAGUUGAGACGCUUUAUCACCAAUGCGAAGAUCAAGGAAGAUGACCAUGUUCUGGAGAUUGGUACAGGCUGGGGCAGUUUUGCCAUUCUAGCUGUAAAAGAGACUGGCUGCCGUGUCACAAGUUUGACCUUGUCAACAGAGCAAAAGGCUUUGGCAGAGCAGAGGAUCGCCGAGGCAGGCCUUACGGACCGCAUAGAAGUUCUUCUGUGCGAUUAUCGCGCGUUGCCAACACCAAGAGAUGGAAAACUGUACGACAAGGUUGUUAGUAUCGAAAUGCUGGAAGCUGUGGGCAAGGAGUACCUUGAUACCUAUUUCCAAUGUGUCGACAAGCUCUUGAAGCCUGAAGGCGGAGUUGCGGUCUUCCAAUGCAUCACAAUGCCCGAAAGUCGCUAUGAUGCAUACAGCAACUCGGACGACUUCAUCCGCCGAUACAUCUUCCCUGGUGGUCACCUUCCCACCAUCACGCAACUGCUAGAUUCCGUUAGAGCCGGCUCCUCAUGCAGACUCAUCCCGGAAUCCGUGGAGAAUAUUGGACCUCAUUACGCAAAGACAUUGAGACUUUGGCGCGAAGAGUUUAUGCAGAACUUCGAAGAAAAAAUCAAGCCCUCGCUGCUUGAGGAGCACGAAGGAAUGACGGACAAAGAUGUGGAUCUAUUCCGCAGAAAGUGGGAAUAUUACUUUGCAUACUGUGAAGCUGGCUUUGUCACCAAGACUUUGGGCGAUGUAAUUUUCACCAUCGGAAGAGAAGGUUCAGUGGAGAUGAUGGAAGAUGUGCCCAUUUAGUUACAUCAUUGCAGAUGUGGAUUUCUAUAAUGUUUGAUUGAUGUGUAGGAAUAGGAGGGCGCGGAGGAGGUAUAGAUCAGCUGGUGAUACCCCGAUUGUGCCAUAUAGACUUACGCCAAUCACAAAUCGUAUUCUGGUA